UGCCAAAAUCGUGGUUCAUAUGCACCCAGCUCCUGCUAACAAAGAGCCCGGUCCAUUCCAGAGCAGUAAGAACUCCUACAUCAAACUCUCCUUCAAAGAGCAUGGCCAGAUCGAGUUUUAUAGGCGUUUAUCAGAGGAAAUGACACAAAGGAGGUGGGAGAAUGUGCCAGUUUCCCAGUCACUACAGACAAAUAAAGGAGUCCAGCCAGGAAGAGUAAGAGCUGUAGGGAUUGUGGGUAUCAAAAGGAAACUCGAAGAAAAAAGAAAAGAAACCAACAAAAACAUUUCUGAGGCCUUUGAAGACCUGAGCAAGCUAAUGAUCAAGGCUAACGAAAUGGUAGAGUUAUCAAAAUCGAUCUCUAAUAAGAUUAAAGAGAAACAAGGUGACGUCACAGAAGAUGAGACCAUCAGAUUCAAGUCCUACUUGCUGAGUAUGGGAAUCGCCAACCCGGUUACCCGGGAGACCUAUGGCUCAGGCACACAGUACCACAUGCAGCUGGCCAAACAGCUGGCUGGAAUAUUGCAGGCACCAUUAGAGGAACGUGGGGGAAUAAUGUCGCUCACAGAGGUGUACUGUUUAGUGAACCGAGCUCGAGGGAUGGAGUUGCUCUCCCCAGAAGAUUUAGUGAAUGCAUGCAAGAUGCUGGAGGCGCUGAAAUUGCCUGUCAGGCUUCGGGUUUUUGACAGUGGUGUCAUGGUAAUUGAGCUUCAAACCCACAAAGAAGAGGAGAUGUUGGCCUCAGCCCUGGAGACAGUUUCAGAAAGGGGAUCUUUAACAUCAGAAGAGUUUGCCAAACUUGUGGGGAUGUCUGUCCUCCUAGCUAAAAAAGGCUGCUUCUCGCUGAGAAGAUGGGCCAUCUUUGCCGAGAUGACUCCGUGGAAGGCUUGUGGUUUUACCCAAAUUUAUUUAUGACACAGAACUAAGAAUUUUGUAUCUGAUAGACCUUUUGUCAAUACACUUGGCAUCAUGCCAAGGUCAUAUGACAUUGAGCUAAGCGGUGAACACAAAUAAAC